AUGCUUAAGGUAGCUUUGGUUGUCAUUGAUCUCCAGGAAGACUUUCUUCCUCCCGAUGGUUCCCUUGCUGUGGCCGAUGGCCGCUCCAUUGUGCCUGCCAUUUCCGACUUGCUUAACACUGAAAAGUAUCCAUGGCUGGCUGUUAUCGUUACCCAAGACUGGCAUCCUGCCAACCAUUGUCUGUUUGCAUCUCAGCACGGAGUGCAGCCAUACACGGAGUUAGAGUUCGAACAUCCGUUGGGUGAGAAGAACUGUGUCACAGGGGAGAUCAAGAAGCAGAAACAGUUUGUGUGGCCGGAUCAUUGCGUCCAGGAGUCGUUCGGUGCCACGGUGGAGUCUCUGUUCCUCGAAAAAUUUGAGCAGUUGAAUGGGAAGCUUCCCACAGCACUCGUCAAGAAAGGAUACUUACAAGACAGAGAGUACUACCUGUGUUUCACAGAUUGCUGGAAGUUGCACAAGACCGAGAUGGAGGAGGUCCUCCAAACCAAUGGUAUCACGGACGUUGUAUUUGUGGGGUUGGCCUACGACUUCUGUGUGUUGAACUCGGCAGUCGACUGUCUGGACUCGGGCUUCAACACGUUUGUCAUUCGGAGCUGUAGCAAGAGUGUGUAUCCAGACAAGGUCGACGAAACGGAAAAAUUGUAUAGGGAUGCUGGCGUCCAUAUUGUGGAGACCGUGGAGGACUUGAUGAAACAUUACACGUGA